AUGUCAGGAUCCCCAGCACCAUCACCUGUGAUCUCGGACAUGACCUUGUCCGCUGAAACCCCCGCACCAGCUGCGGUGCCAAAGGCACAGGCUCCCGCCAUGAAGCGGUCCAAGAAGGUCAAGAAGCUUACCAAGAAGGACAUCGACGAGGUCUUGAUGCACGAUAUCGUUGAGCUGCGAGGACACAGCCACUGGGACUGGGACCCAAAGACCCCUCCUCCUUUCCAGAACUUUGAGGAGUUAGAGGUUACUAUCGGCAGUCUCGCUCAGUCUGGCGAGGGUCUUGCCCUCUUGCCUGAUCGUGGAGAGGGAUGGGUCUUGGUAGUCCCAUUUGUUGUGCCAGGCGAGAAGGUCAUGGCCAGAGUUUACAGACACAACUGGGGUUAUUCAUACGCUGAUCUUGUUGAGGUUAUCCAGCCUGCAGAGAACAGGAUCGCCAAGAACGACAUCUUGUGCAAGUACUUUGGCGCAUGCGCCGGAUGCCAGCUGCAGCAUAUCUCCUACGCCGAUCAGAUGAAGUUCAAGCGUCAAGUUGUCGAGAAUGCAUUCAAGAACUACGCUGAAAAGUACUUUGCUACACUCCCACCUGUCGAUCCUGUUUCUCAGUCACCCAUUCAAUCCAACUACCGCACCAAGAUCACCCCUCACUUUGAAGCUCUGAACCCCAAGCACCAGUCAGCUGGAACGGCCCAACCUGUCCAAAUCGGAUUCAUGCAAGCAGGAAAGCGCAGGAUUUUGGAUAUUGAGGAAUGCCCCAUCGCCACACCCAUUGUCAACGAAGGAAUGAAGACCAUGAGAGCCGAGGUGCAAAAAAACAUUGCAACAUACAAGAAGGGCGCCACUAUGCUUCUUCGCGAGAGUAACCCAAUUGUCCCAGGAACAGAGUCAGAGAACCCCCCUACUACCACCAAGGUUUGUGUGACGGAUCACAAGGAGACCAUUACAGAAUGGGUUGGGAAAUUCCGGUUCGACUACCCAGCUGGAUCGUUCUUCCAGAACAACAACGCCAUCUUGCCAUCUCUGAUCGGCUAUGUUCAACAGCAGCUUCACCUUCCUCUCGCCUCUUCGACCACACCAGUUCCCUCCUCGGACUCUACUUCAGCGUCAACCUCAUCUUUGAACCACGAAAUCAAAUACUUGGUGGAUGCCUACUGCGGCUCGGGAUUGUUUGGUAUCACCUGCCACGAGGGCUUCAAGAAAGUGUUGGGUGUUGAGAUUUCAGCAGCCUCUAUCUCUUGCGCCACCAACAACCUUGUUUUGAACAAGCUGUCGACGGAGACAACAGCAUUCCAUUUGGAUGAUGCCGACAAGAUCUUUGCCCACAUUGACUUUCCCUCUGCAGAGACGGCACUGAUUAUCGAUCCUCCCAGGAAGGGCUGCUCGGACGAGUUUUUGGACCAGAUGGUGGCAUUCUUGCCAGCACGUGUUGUCUAUGUGAGCUGUAAUGUCCAGACACAGGCCAAGGAUCUCCAGGGACUGCUAGAUCGCUGCCACGCCAAGGGCUUGCCUGGCUAUAGGGUGGAGGCCAUCCGCGGUUUCGAUCUCUUCCCGCAGACCAGGCACGUCGAGGGCGUCAUGACCUUGACCAGACUCUAA